AUGAACGGGCUGAACAUCCUACCCUCAUACACGGAUUACUUCACAUUGACGACGGCGACGCUGUCGCUCAACACGGCGACGGUGUGGGUGGGCAGCAUGCUGGCGGGGAUCCUGUACGCGAAAGUGCCGGACUGGAUCGGGCGGCGGUGGUCGCUGUUCUUCGGGGCCAUCUUCACCAUCAUCGGCGUCAUCAUCCAGACGGCGUCGCAGAACAUCGGCAUGUUCGUGGCGGCGCGCAUCAUCAUCGGCUUCGGCACGGGCGCGUCGUCCAUCGCAGGCCCCGUCUAUGUAUCCGAGACACUCCCCGUGCGCUAUCGGGCCUGGGGUCUAGGGAUCUUCUACGACUUCUGGUACGUGGGCGGGCUGAUUGCGGCGGGCGUGACGUACGGCACGGCCAAGAUGGACUCGACCUGGGCGUGGCGGCUGCCGUCGGCGCUGCAGGGUUUGUUUAGUAUCAUGUGUCUGAUCAUCCUGCCGUUCACGCCCGAGUCGCCGCGUUGGCUGCACUCGCAGGGCCGCAGCGCCGAGGCGCUCGUGGUGCUGGCGCAGACGUGCGCCGACGGCAACGUCGACGACCCGACGGUGCAGGUGCAGUUCCGCGAGAUCACCGACACGCUGGCGUUCGAGAAGUCGUACGAGAAGCCGUCCUUCUUCAAGCAGUUCCUGGCCAGCAAGUCGACGCGCAAGCGCAUCUUCCUGUCGUCCACCGUCGCCGUCUUCGCCAUGUUGUCCGGCAACAACAUCAUCUCGUACUACCUGGGCUCCAUGCUGACGCAGGCCGGCGUGACCGAUUCCACCACCCAGCUCGAAAUCAACGUCAUCCUCAACGCCUGGUGUCUGGUCGUCGCCCUGAUCGGGACCUGGCUGAUGGAGCGCGUUGGACGGAAGACCCUCGCCGCCAUCUCCACCGGCCUGUUAACCAUCUUCAUCUUCCUGAUCGGCGGCCUGACCAAAGCUUAUGGCGACUCCACCAACCAGUCCGGCAUCUACGGCACCGUGGCCGCCAUCUUCCUGUUCCAGGGCGCGUACAGUAUCGGCUGGACCCCCAUGACCGUGCUCUACCCGCCCGAGGUGCUGAACUAUAGUAUCCGCAGCAUGGGUAUGGGGAUUUACUGUUUCCUGACCAACGGCGUCGGCUUGAUGGUCACCUUCGCCUUUCCUUAUGCUUUGGACGCCAUCUCGUGGAAGACGUACAUGAUCAACGGCGCCUGGGAUGUCAUCGAGUUGGUCGUCGUCCUCGUCACCUGGGUCGAAACAAAGGGCCGCACGCUCGAAGAGAUCGACGAGGAUCUCGACGGCCAGAGGCAUACCCACGCCCCCAGGCUACAGACUAUCUUGGGCGUCGUGCCCGAGGAGAGAGCCGGCGUCGUCGAGGCUUUGGAUCUCCAAAAAGACAAGGAGCUCGAGGUUUCGGGUGCCGUAGUGGAAGUUUCUAAGGAAUAG